AUGACGAUCAUUGGAUUUUGGAAAUGGGGAUUCCGCUCCUCUUUGAAAGUGCACACCUCUAGUGCCGAGGACUCGCCUAAGAUUGCUCAGUCCACGUCGUAUGCCGACUUCGUUCGGUCCAAACUCCCAAUUUUGGAUCCCUCCAAAAAGCUAUGGUUGAAUCCCCUUCUCUUCAACGGAUCCCUCCAGACGUUGUACUAUGGUAUGCACAACUCUGAAACCGAGUUCCAGGUUUAUUAUGGCAGGGAGAUCUUCAAGUAUCAGGACCAAGGUGUAUGUUCUUUUGACUGGGUCAUCGAUCGGCCGGAGUCCGAGAAGGAGUUCCGGAAGCUCUACGAGGAAACUAUCCCCGAGAGCUCGCCAAAACUUCACCCUAGAACUAGAUUUUUCACCCCGGAGGAAUUGGAGAAACAAGUGCAAAGAAACCAAGCCGCAGACCAGAGACCCAUAUGUGUGGUUUUCCAUGGUUUGGCUGGCGGGUCUCACGAGCCCUUGAUCCGGAACUUGGCGCAAGACUUGAAGCAGUUGCCAGAAAGCCCAUGGGAUCUUGUUGUUGUCAACUCACGGGGUUGCUGCAGAACCAAAAUCACUACGGGAAAGCUCUAUUCUGGACUCUCCCACGAAGACGUCAGAGAAGCGCUUGUUGAGUUGAAGGAAAGAUACCCCAACCGCCCGUUGUACACAGUCGGCUUUUCGUUUGGUGCUGUCCUCGUGGCAAACUACUUGGCCUUUGCUGGCGAAGCUGCCCAAAAAUUGGUGAAAGCUGCCGUGUUGAUCGGAUGCCCGUGGGAUAUGCUGGAAAGCGCCAAGCACGUGAGCAGCUCGUUGACGGGAAAGUUCAUGCUCAACCCCAGUCUCACCACGUUCUUGAACAAACUCAUCAAAAGCAACUCCAAAGAGUUGAAAGAGCAUUUGCCCGAAAUCUUCAAUGACAGCAGCAUCAAGAAGGGCAAAUUGGCGAAAAAGACACACGAAUGGGACGACAUAUUCACGUGCAAGACGGUUGGUCUUGAGAGCUCUUGGGACUACUAUAAAGAGGCGUCGCCGCUUCAAAGAGUCGGGGACAUCCGCGUCCCCACCCUAUCCUUAAAUGCCACAGACGAUCCUACUGUAUCCACCGACAUUGACUUUGAUCGGUUGGUGCGGAAAAACCCGUGCCUUGCGAUGGUGGAGAGUGAUCUUGGAGGUCACUUGGGCUGGGUGAAGCCUUCGGGCGAGUUUUGGUGUGUGGAGGUUGUUUGCCAGUUCAUAGACCGCUUCAAUGCCGAAGCUAGUUGA